AUGGACGCUCAGCCUUGGCAGUUGGCAGGAGAGUGCCCUGAAAACACUAUUCCCGUCAAAAGAGUAACAAAAGAAGAUCUUUUAAGAGUAGACAAUAUUAACAAUUACGGGAAAAAAACUAGUCGUACGAAUAUCUCUCAGCCUCAUCAAUUCUAUCAUCCGACGGCUAUCGGAGAAAACGUUUACCACGAGUAUGCGACCACAUCUGCUAAUGGCGUUUUCCGAGGAGCUAAAGCACAGAUGAAUGUAUGGAAACCGCGGAUCCAAGAAGCAAGAGGAUUCAGUUUAUCACAAAUAUGGGUCGUAGGAGGCAACGAUGGUCCUGGUUUGAAUACUAUAGAAGCUGGUUGGCAUGCCGACCCGGAUCUACAUGGUGGUGAUGCCAGUCCCCGAAUUUUUAUUUUCUGGACAAGCGAUGGCUACCACAAAGCGGGGUGCUACAAUCACCUCUGCUCUGGCUUUGUUCAAACCAACAAAAGAAUUGCACUUGGUGCUUUGUUAAAACCCAUCUCCACCUACAAUGGUCCACAAUUUCUACUGAUCGUACAAAUAUGGAAGGAUCCAAAGUCAGGAAACUGGUGGUUGCAAUUGAAUGAGAAAGAGUUAAUGGGGUAUUGGCCAAAGGAGCUCUUGCCAAACCUUGCAAACGCGGCGAGAACAGUUGAAUGGGGAGGUGAAGUGGUGAACAUAGAGAAAAACGGACAACACACGACCACCGAAAUGGGAAGUGGACACUUUCCAAGUGAAGGGUUUGGGAAGGCAAGUCACUUUAGGGUCGUCAAGAUCAUUGAUACGUCUAAUGUUAUAAGAGACCCGGUUCGAAUGACAACCGUAGUGAGUAAACCUACUUGUUACAAUCUCAAAAAUGGUUAUAGCAGGCCUUGGGGAGUUUUCUUUUACUAUGGUGGUCCUGGCCGUAACCCUAGAUGUCAUUAG